GCGAGGCGCAGGGAGAGGGACGAGAGAGGGGGCCAGAGAAAGAAGAUGCCGGCGGAGGCAGGGAGCCGCUGAGACGCGGGCUGCGGUACGGAGCGCCGCACCCGGCCAUGUAGGGGCGCCGCGGGCCACGGCGCAGCUGACCGGAGCCCCGAGCGGCCCCACCCCCCCCAGGGUGCCAUGAGGCGUCUCAUCUGCCAGCGGAUCUGCGACUACAAAAGCUUUGAGGAUGAGGAGUCGGUGGACGGGGACCAGGCUGCUGGAAAGUUCCCUGCAGCCCGAGGGCCCGGAAACUGCAACAGCGGCACUCGAAGAACCAGUAGUGCGGGGCCCAGCCGGACGGGAGGUCAGUCGAGGGAAGGCGCUGGUGCCGUCGAUGAAGAGGACUUCAUGAAGGCCUUCACCGAUGUGCCCACGGUGCACAUCUACUCAACCAGAGACCUGGAGGACAACCUGAACAAGAUCCGCGAGGUCCUUUCUGACGACAAGCAUGACUGGGACCAGAGGACCAAUGCUCUGAAGAAGGUGCGCUCCCUGCUGGUGGCCGGAGCAGCAAAUUAUGACUGUUUCUACCAGCACCUGCGCCUCCUGGACGGGGCCUUCAAGCUGUCAGCCAAGGACCUGCGGUCACAAGUGGUGCGUGAGGCCUGCAUCACUGUGGCCCACCUUUCUACGGUCUUGGGCAACAAGUUUGACCAUGGGGCCGAGGCCAUCGUUCCCGUGCUCUUCAACCUGAUCCCCAACUGCGCCAGGGUGAUGGCCACGUCAGGUGUCGCUGCCAUCCGCUUCAUCAUCCGGCACACACACGUCCCACGGCUGAUACCCCUCAUCACCAGCAACUGCACCUCUAAGUCGGUGGCCGUCAGGAGGCGCUGCUAUGACUUCCUGGAUUUACUGCUUCAGGAGUGGCACACGCAUUCUCUGGAGAAGCACGCCGCCGUCCUGGUGGAGAGCAUAAAGAAGGGCAUCCGGGAUGCGGACGCCGAGGCCAGGAUGGAGGCGCGAAAGGCAUAUUGGGGACUGCGGCAGCACUUUCCCACGGAGGCAGACGCUCUGUACCACUCGCUGGAGCCGUCCUACCAGCGCAACCUGCAGUCCUGCCUGCGCAACUCCGGCAGCGCCGCCUCGCUGCCCCAGUCGGACCGCUCUUCGUCCAGCUCGCAGGAGAGCCUCAAUCGCCCCCUGUCGUCCAAGUGGUCCGCGGCUCCUGGAAGAGUUUCUGCAGCCCCCAAGUCUUCGGGGUCACCGGGGUCGUUGCAGCGAUCCCGCAGCGACGUCGACGUUAAUGCGGCCGCGGGUGCCAAGGCUCGACACGGGGGGCAGGCCGGAGGGGCCGGUCGUGUGCCAGCAGAGUCCUACAGCUCGCUGGAUGACAACUCUGAUAAGAUGGAUGGUCGGCUGCGCAGUCGGCAGACGCUCUCGGUGGCCAGCGGGGCCGUGAGCGGAGGACAGGGGGACUUGAGGGGACGCAACCACGGCAAACCGGUGUCUCAGUCGCAACGUUCUGAGGAUACCGAAUUUCCGCCAGGAUCUCAGUCUGCUAAUCCCAUUGGCGCGGGCAGCAGGUCCGGCUCCCCGGGCCGAGUAUUGGCCAGUACAGCUCUGAGCACCGUGAGCACCGGGUCGCAGCGGUCCGUUCCAGGCCCGAGCUCCUCCCACCGUCGCAGCCGCAUCCCCCGCAGCCUGGGAUGCAGCCGGGAUUCCAGCCCCACGCGCCUUUCUGUAGCACCUUCAAACCACAGCCAGGUGUACAACGGUGGCGCCAGAGGAGCACGCGGCAGCCGGAUCCCUCGGCCCAGUAUGAGUCAGGGCUGCAGCCGGGAGACGAGUCGCGAGAGUAGUCGAGACACCAGCCCUGUCCGCUCCUUCCAGCCCCUUGCCUCCCGGCAUCACUCCAGGUCCACGGGUACUCUGCAUACCUCCGAGGUUUUCGGGGCAACAGCAGGGGGUUAUGGGAUGGGGCAGUCCAGCCGGAUGUCCGCCUCCGUCAGCGCCAUGCGGGUCCUCAACACCGGAUCCGACGUUGAAGAGGCUCUGGCCGACGCACUGCUGUUGGGAGACACCAGGAGCAAGAAGAAGCCGGCCAGGCGGCGUUAUGAGACGUACGGGAUGUACUCGGACGACGACGCCAACAGCGACGCGUCCAGCGCCUGCUCGGAGCGCUCGUACAGCUCCCGCAACGGCAGCAUCCCCACGUACAUGCGGCAGACGGAGGACGUGGCCGAGGUGCUCAACCGCUGCGCCAGCACCAACUGGUCCGAGCGGAAGGAGGGCCUGCUCGGCCUGCAGAGCAUGCUCAAGAGUCAGAGGAUGCUCAGUCGGGUCGAGCUGAAGAGGCUCUGCGAAAUCUUCACCCGGAUGUUUGCCGACCCACACAGCAAGAGAGUGUUCAGCAUGUUCCUCGAGACGUUGGUGGACUUCAUCCUCGUUCACAAGGACGAUCUUCACGACUGGCUCUUCGUGCUGCUCACCCAGCUGCUCAAGAAGAUGGGCGCCGACCUGCUGGGCUCUGUCCAGGCCAAGGUUCAGAGGGCGCUGGACGUCUCCAGGGAUUCCUUCCCCAACGACCUGCAAUUCGCCAUCCUCAUGAGGUUCACUGUGGACCAGACCCAGACUCCCAACCUCAAGGUGAAGGUGGCCAUCCUCCGGUACAUCGAGACGCUCGCCACGCAAAUGGACCCCGGAGACUUCGUCAACUCCAGCGAGACGCGUCUGGCGGUGUCACGCAUCAUCACCUGGACCACGGAGCCCAAGAGCGUUGAUGUACGGAAGGCUGCCCAGUCCGUGCUCAUCUCCUUGUUCCAGCUCAACACCCCAGAGUUCACCAUGCUGCUGGGGGCGUUGCCAAAAACUUUCCAAGACGGCGCCACCAAGCUACUGCAGAACCACCUGAGGAGCAGCAGCAGCAACUCACAGACGCCCACAGGAAGCCCGCUGGCGCGCCACACCCCCCGAUCUCCAGCCAGUUGGUCCAGCCCACUCACCUCACCCACCAGCACCUCGCAGAACACACCUUCACCAAGCGCGUUUGACUACGAGGCCGAGGGCACCAACUCGGAGGACGUGUACAGUUCCCUGCGGGGCGUCACCGAGGCCAUCCAGAACUUCAGCGUGCGCAGCCAGGAGGAGGUCAAGAGAGACGAGGACGGCGACGUGGGUGGAAGGAGGGACGACCUGGACAUGGGCCACAUCCCUGGGAUGGACACACCUCUACUGCACCAAGCGCCUGAGGAGGACACGGAGCGCUUCCCAGGAGACAGGACCCAGUCGGAGCUGGUGGCGGAGCUGCUCAAGGAGCUGUCCAACCACAACGAGCGUGUGGAGGAGCGCAGGACGGCGCUGUGCGAGCUGCUGAGGUUGGUGCGCGACGGGCAGCUCCUCGUCUGGGACGAGCACUUCAAGACCAUCUUGCUGCUUCUCCUGGAGACGCUGGGGGACCAAGAGCAUUCGAUCCGCGCGCUGGCGCUCAGGGUCCUCAAGGAGAUCCUCAACCAGCAGCCGUCGCGCUUCAAGAACUACGCCGAGCUGACCGUCAUGAAGGUGCUGGAGGCCCACAAGGACCCGCACAAGGAGGUGGUGCGGGCGGCGGAGGAGACGGCGGCCAUGCUGGCGAGUUCCAUCAGCCCGGAGCAGUGCAUCAAGGUGUUGUGCCCCAUCAUCCAGACGGCCGACUACCCCAUCAACCUGGCCGCCAUCAAGAUGCAGACCAAGGUGAUGGACCGUCUGUCCAAGGAGACCCUGCACCAGCUCCUGCCGGAGGUCGUUCCAGGACUCAUACAGGGCUACGACAACCCAGAAAGCAGUGUGCGCAAGGCCUGUGUCUUCUGCCUGGUGGCCAUCUACGCCAUCGUCGGGGAGGACCUCAAGCCACACCUCAGCCAGCUGUCCGGGAGCAAGCUGAAGCUGCUGAACCUGUACAUCAAGAGAGCUCAGUCGGGCUCCAGCGGCAGCGACUCCACCGGGGACCUCUCUGGCCAGGGCUUGUGAAGCAGGACGUGGUGGACACCCCCCCCAGUGGACACACACAAAGGGUUGCUGGGACCCUGUUGGACUCAGACACUUCCUGCGAUGCAUGCUCCAUCACGCCAAGGGGACAGCGGAAGGGGACGCCAGCUUCCACAUAGAGACCCCGUACCGCCAAGCUCCCGCAAGACACCUCCCUCCUGAGCCGUCUCGGCGUCCCCCCCCCUCGUGUCCCCGCCGUCCCCGUCUGAGACGACACUUUUUUGUGAAAUAUAACGUCUAACUACGAAACCUGUCAGACUAAAUCGUAAGGGAAUUCAGCUCCAGGACUCGCUCCACACCGGCUCC